AGUAAUCGUUUUGCAGUGUGUAGAAUACAUAUGCUAGCAAUAAUGAGGAGAAUUGCUUAUGAUCAGUCUAGUAUAAGGCAGAAGAAAUGUCCAUGGACUCCUGAGGAGGAUUUUCUGUUGACAACAUAUAUACAAGCUCACGGUGAAGGACAAUGGCGAACUUUGCCACAGAAAGCAGGUCUUCAACGCUGUGGAAAAGGUUGCAGAUUGAGGUGGAUGAACUACCUGCGCCCCAAUGUGAAACGAGGCAACAUUUCUUUAGACGAGGAAGAUCUCAUUGUCAGAUUGCAUAACCUGGUGGGCAAUAGAUGGUCUCUGAUAGCGGGAAGAGUGCCCGGUAGAACUGAUAAUGAAAUCAAGAACUACUGGAACUCUCAUUUGAGCAAGAAACUCCGCCGCAAUUCCAUCCUUCACACAACCCACCAUUACAAGGCACCUUCUUGUCUGCCACCCAUCACAGAGAUCAAUGCCUUGCAGCCCUUCAAUGGACUAUUAGAAUGUGGUAAUCUGGUGGGCUACAUGGUGGAAAAUCCACUGUGGGAAAGCUCAUAUGCUUGUGCAGGAGAGCUCACAAAUACCAGUGUCUUCAAUGAAAAUAGCAAUACAGUGGAUUCUGUGACCACCCAACAGUUUCAACAUGAAGGAAAUCUCCUAAACAGUAGUGGGGACAUAAUAGAUUACCAGACUGAUACUACAAAUGAUAUGACCUGGUUUCUUCAUCCUGCAGUAGAUGCAAGCACUGCAUGCUCUUCACAAUGCCAAAUUGCAGAUUUUCAUGCAGGUAAUCAAUGCAACCAAAUCUAUAAUGCAGGCGAAAUAGAAGCUUCAGUGCAUCAAAAACAGCAACGGCUUUCUACUGUGGGAAAUGGUGGGAUGGUCUUCGACCCACAUUACUCAUCAUCACGUUCACAGUGUAUUAGUGCCUGUAUUGCCAGUGAUACUCAUCAUAAUCAACAGUGGCGUCACAGCCAGAAUGAUUACAAAGAUCGUCUAGAACUUCCUCAGCACAACUUGUAUGAUGAGCUUCUGUGUGCAUUAUUUGACAAAUCUACUCAUGACAUCAAUACUGUUGGUGAUCUUAAAAGUGUGAAAUCAUUAUCUGGCUGGGAUGAUAUUUUUGGCCAUUAAAGAUACAUUGGAAAUCUACCCAGCAUAGAGAUAAUACCAUUCGAGUACUUUCAGUUUUUCUCAACUUGAACAUUAUGAAACUGCAAGUUAUACAAAUGUUU